AUGGCGAAAUGGAGGGAACUUGGGGAGGUUCCCGACUCGGACGAAGAGAGUCUCUACGAUAGUGAGCAAUCUCAGCAGGUCCAGCCACCACCACCUAUUCCACCAGAUGCCGUGACAAAGCCUCCAGCUGAGGCUGCAGCCUCUCAGGAUGCCUCAGUUUGGGACAUUCCGCCGUCGUCAGUGCCAUCAAACUCGCCAGGAAACGAGGCAUUGCCAGGACAAAGGAGGAUCGAAAUACACAUCCCCACGAGGUCAACACAACAGGAGCCAGUAUCCUCACCACUUUCCUUCUGUUCCACGCCUGACUUCACCGACGAUGAAACAAUAACUCCUGCCACGAGCAGUAAAACAAACAUUGCUGAAGACGAGCAUCCGAUUGUCUCUGCUCGGCCAGAAUAUGUACCUGGAGACACCACGGAACAUGUAUCACCAGUUGAACAUCGAGAUUUACUUCCUCAGUUGGACCCUGUAUCGGAGAGUGCCUCACAACAUAUGCCGCCAAGCACUACGGUGGAAGACGACCAAGCAGAUGCGCGACCGGCGUCUACUAGCUUUGGCCGCUCCUUACGACCACGAAAGCCUAUACAAGAACACCCAUAUCUCCUGGAGAAUGCUCAAUACAGCACUAUGUUCAAGUCGCAUGGUGUUCGGCCUGUGAGACUACCAGCAGUAGAUGAAAGGCGACGCCCGCAGGAGGAUGAUUCUCAGGAGCAAGAUUAUGAGGAAGACAGUCAGUCAAUCACCGGGGCGUUGCAAGAGGAUGCUACUGGUGAUUCCCAGGAGAUGCCGCAGCGAGACCUUUUCGACGACGACCGCGAUGAAUUAGCUCUUUCUUCCCCCCCAAGACCAUCGCCCUCACCACGCCGACGCCCAGUUUCUCAGGAGCCACCAAACAGUUCACAAAUCGACGAGGAGCUACCCGCUUUAGGUGACCUCUUCAAGAAGCGGAUGACUGGUAGGCCAAGGACGUAUGGCAAACGAACAGGCUCCCCUGAACAGUCAUCAAAACGAAAAGCCCUAAAACUGCAGAAAGCUAGCCAUGUCGACAACUACAGCUCUCCUUCGGCUAGGCCCUUGGGAAUAUUCGAUAUUCCUCCUUCGCCGCCGCAGACAAGCCCUGCCUUUUCCGCCAAAACACCAGCUACAAAGGCGAUGAAAGGCAGGUUUCUGGUUGAGUCCCUGACACCCAAGCCUAGUAGUACAGACGCUUCUCGAGAUUCAACGCCCGCGCCCGCACAUCGCCAAACAGCAACAACCAUAGAUCUCACCAAUCUGUCGGAUGUGGAACCAGAAGAUGAAGCAGCAGCUCAGAGCGAUGGCGAGGAGCUCAGCCACGGUCAUGCUCCUAGUCGUAGUCCUGACCCUGAAAUGGCAAUGCAACGGCGGAUCAAAGGCGUGCUGCCAGCCUCGUGGAUACGGCUAGAUCAGCAAAUUUCGCACGACAAGCUCCGCAAACCCGCCCGCCGCAGUCCUGAGCGCUCGCCAGAAAGACUCCGCCGAAAGGGAGUUGCCCAACGGCGAGUGGCGUCUCCUAAAUUCAUCAAUGAUGUGCCUAUCAAUUUCGAUGACUCAGAUGAUGAAGAUACGAAUUUACGAAAUAAUGAUUUUCCCGACAUUUUGGAAACCACUGAGUUUCCUAUUUUUGAAGACGAUGCAGGUUCUGUGAUUGAAGAAGACCAUGUCGAUCAUAUGCUGCCCGGGAGGAAAAGAGCAAGUAUAGACAGAGGAUCCCGUCCAGCUGUCAAACGUUUAAAGACGCAAAAGACCUUUGACGGUCGGCUAAGUGUGCGUAAGAGACAGCAGAGGAUCACAGGAUUACUUGACCGUUCUAAGAGCGGUGCCUCGAGAAUAAAAAACAAACCAGCAGUAAUCGUCCCAGGACCGCAGGUACAACGCCAACGCCCGGUGGCCAGGAAAAACGUACCGCCACGACUGAGUAUUCUUGAUGUUGUUGAAACCACUGCACCUCGCUUUAUCCGUGUGGCAGCUCGUGCAGCUAGCAGGCGAUUUGACAAAGGGAGAUCAAGUCCUACCAGCAAGCACAUCAGUCUCGGGUCUCGCCAGGACAACAUUGACGCCCUCGGUGUGCUCCAGAACUGGAGGAAUGGCAAGAUCCCUUCACGGUUACCUUCUACAGCGCCCGCGCUGUAUACGGCCAAUGCUUUACCUCUCCAACCGCUGUCAAAUAAUCUUCUGCCACAAAGCCGCAAAAGCAAAGCUGUAUCGAAACCGAAGUCUAUGCCCGUCAGUCGCUUCUGUAAUUCUCGAAAACUAGUGAAACAAGCGCGCAUUGACAACUUCGUCGAUACCGGGCCAACCAGCCUUGAAGCAGCAACGAGCAUUCGACCUGAAGGAACAGAGCCGGCAGCACUCCCACCGAUGGGGCGCCUUCUGGGUCGCUCGAGAACACGAAACACACCGCUAAGGCCCGCGCAGUUGGAGGCAGUGGGAAAUGAGGAAGUCAACCGGCAGGCUUUCCACAUUCGAAAGAAAGCACUUGAUGCUAUUUACCGCACGUCACGGAGGCUUCCGGCUUCGGACCUCGAUACUCAAUUGGAGCAAAUCUUUCGGGGUCAAGUGCCAAAGGCUGGACUGCCUCCACCAGCAGCGAUGGUUCCAGGUGCCACCGGAACCAGUCAAGCGACUUCGAAUAGGCGACGUGCACGACCAAGGAAGCUGCUACGACCAAGACAUAUCGACACAGCAGCACCACAGUAUACACACGCGAAUGACCCGCUUCCGGAGGAGCAUAUUUCAGUGCCCGAAUCUGUACAUAUUCCGGGAGGCAAUGACCAGAAGUUAAUGGGCUUAGGCCCAUAUGGCACUAACUACACCCAACAUUUUGAGGUAUUUCCUCUCGAUGAUGGUGUCUUUUUCCAUGACAACACUCUCAUAGGACAAGGGAGGAUCACGAAGGCAUUCGACGACAGAUACUUGGAUGGAUUAUUACAGUUCCGUUGCCAGUCAACAUUGGUACUGGAUGGCCAGCCUUUAAACUGGGGUAAAUGGGACGCACAGACAUCCUCCGAGUUUGGUGUUCUCUUCGACUGGAUAGCGGACAAGAUGCAAAAUCAUGUUAACUCUAUUGAUGCGGAUGCUCCUGCACUGGUGACGGUGGUUCAAGCCGCGGACUUCACUGUCAACUACCUACAAGAAGUCAUCAGCCUGCCUAAUAUUGAGAGCGCGCGUCCUUUCGUUGACCGCGUUCUUGAGGUAGUCUCGGGCUUUUUAGAACGGCUAGAGCCAUCUACCACAGAGCAUAGCCAUGAUAUACGGCAAAUCAUUGAAGUGCUAACACGAUGUAUGUUGGUCGUGUUGCAGACUUUGCGCAUCUGUAGCAAAUUAGUGCCCUCAGAAUCACUUCAGGCUGAAGAGCUUCUGAAGAAAACUGCCAAACAAAUGAUACAAGCUUUAUUGCGACCGGAGCUGGGAAGGACCACGAACCUGUCACACGAGCUCCGAAACCCCGUCGUGAGGGUCCACGGGAUCAAACAAGACAAUUACGUGGUCGUAGGCUGGGUAGCUGCAAUCAGAAUCCUUCAAGAGUCGCGGAUUCCCCGCUCGGGAUUCUGGGAUGUGACUUGCUCUGUGUUACUUGAGCAAAGCAUUUCUCUUAUCGUGAACGCACAGGUUUUCGAAGGUUUGUGGCAUACUUUCUUCUCCAUUCUGCCCUUGGGCGAGUUUGACAAUGCCGGAGUUAUCGUUUCUGGGUUACGACACACAAUACCUCUGGAGGGCUGGGCUUUACCGCAAAAGCUAUUAACCCGGGUUUUUGAGAUGUACAGGACGAACCAACGACAAUUACCAAGCUUCAACGACUACUGUCGUGCACUGGUUGGUCGUUGCCACUACCUUGUAGAGCAGUGGGGAUGGCGAAAAUGCAGCAGUAUAGUCGGCACUAUAUUCGACUUCUUUGCUUCUCAAAAUCUGUCGCACCUGCGGAACGAGGAAGCUUAUAGGUCGGCACGAUUUCUCGAGGAUCUAGCUGGCGCACCAUCACUAGCAAUUCAGACUGAAGAUCGAUGUUUCCACAUAUUUCUCAAACUCCUUGCACUAUCAAUUCAACGACUCAGGAAAUUUGGUUUAAUCAAAGACGUCAAAAAUUUGAUCGCCCGGGUUAUUCCAAACCAUGACCGCCAAUAUCUCAAGGAGAGAGAUGUUCACGAGAACGAGCUCGCAUCGUUGAGAAAUCAUCACGACCUUCUCUGUACUUUGUUCUGGUGCUCGCCACAAGCUUUGCGCCCAAGCGUACAGACGCUUGAGAAGCUUGUUAUACCUGGCAGCUCUCACAAGGAGGCCUGUCUUAUCAACUUGAGGGCAUGGAAUCAACUGGCACGUUUUGUCGUCUCAGUUGGAGAAGACAGGGCCGCGUAUAAGCCGUUUGCGGAUUGGCAGAGCAAUGUUUUCAAGCAAGUUCUUGACCAGUAUUCGUCAGUGGAAUCGGACAUUCAGCAACAGUUUCUAAGGAUGUCGAAAGAUGCCUCGGGCGAAGUCAGUCCAGAACUGAUGAAACGGGUCAUCAACAUGAACAAGCACGCCGCUACCGACGUCUUGCAUUUCUCGCUGAGGGGUAAUCUCGAUGUGAUGCGCCAUACCAAAUCACUUGCUGCUGCAUCAUCUGUUCUAAACACAUACCAACUUCAUGAAGUUUUCACACGCUUCACUUUAACGCCUCCGGACUUUGACUGGAGCACUCAAGGCGUCGCUGUUGAAAUUAUUGAUCACUAUAUCGAGCUGAUCCACAAAUUUCUCGAUGAGCACAACGCCAUGGACUCCCGUAAUGCUUGGCAUGGAGAAGAUGCGAUUUUGGUCCUCGAUCGUCAUGUUUCAGUUCCCUUCUUCGCCAUGGCCCGGAGUCUACUCAUCAACUUGGAACAAAAUCGAUCAAGCCUGAUCGAUGACGAGGCGGUAUAUACAGAACGGACCGUCGUAGUUGCAGGCCGCUUGGGAGCCUUGUUUCUUCGGCAUGGUGUUACACGUUUAUCUUCUUUCUUCACUACUGGGAAAUAUGGCUUGUUCCAAGGUCUGCCAGUCAAACUCUCGUGUAACGCUAGGCGAUACCUCUGUCUUUUCGUCGCGAUCCUUAUUGAUAGUGAUAUCAUGGAUUUCACCAGCAUCAACACUACUCCUUUGGAGCUUUUUAUAUGUGCUAUUACCAAACCCUAUCACGCUUUGGCUUACGAGUAUAAGUUUGCAGAAGCACUGAAAAAGCAAGGCGAUAUCUGCUUUGAUUACGCUGAAGUGCCCCAGAAUCGUCCAGAUUACGGGACUAACCGGGACUUAUUUGAUCGGAUGUUGUUUCUCAUGAGAAGAGCGCUACGCUUCGCAGUGGCCAGUCAGAGACAGCAGCUGCAACAGGAGUUUUCGAAAGCUCUCAGGACCGCAAUGGAGCAGAUCAAGGCCGAUUUGAAGUCGUUGGUCCACCACGAUCCUAUUGCACAUGCCCCAUAUAUGCAGUUCGUGCGGGUGAUCAUCCCUCUCAUCAAGAAGCACGAUUUCUGCCCGGUCGACAAUUUCUUCUAUCAGAUCAGCAACGAGUAUUCUCCCUCAUCUCAAGACCCGCGCCUACAAACAGCACAGAUCUUAUCUUAUGGUCUCAAACUUGAGGACGGAGAUACUCGAUCAGUUUCCACUCUGUUCUAUUUCCUCUAUUCCAAUUUUAAAUUGGCCAUGACAAAUGGCAAGGUCGAGCAAGAGCGAGCAAUCUUGCGGGAGGGCAUGGAAAACCAGCAUGUCUUUUCAUUCAUGCUUGGUCGGUUGUUGCCUGCUAUUGUGAGAACUUCAGUCAGAAUGCCUGAUGCAUGGCUACUUCUCAGCACUUAUGUUGAGUCUAUUGAAGAACUUCUGGAUGGUCUUGUUGGGGCUGAAGAAUCAAGUAAGCGGUGCAUUCACCGAGAGAUUGGUGAAGAGAGUAUGGGUGACUUAUUGGCUCUGCUCAAAUUUGUGUCAGCUGCCAUCAAUCAUCUCAGCGACUUGACCACAGCAAGUGUCAGAGCCGAGUACCUACAGACACUUACACAACUAAUCCGGCUGCUUAAUUUGUUCGGGCCAUCACUCAUAGCGUACCUCUGUCUGCCACGGAAUUCCAUGUCCCAGGUGGGCAGAGGCUUGAACAAGGAAAUUGACUCCUUUACGGACUUUACACGCUCAGCGGACGAAUACCUGUCUUCUGUAUUACAUCUGGCUGCGACCGGCCAAGACACAUUGCAGGUUGACUCGCAGCGUCUCUUCGAGGAAAUGCAAUAUUAUUACAUCGACCCGGCUUUGGACAGGAACGAACACAUCAACAACUUUUCUAAGCAUAUGGAGAGUGAUAUUCAGAAAACAUGGUGCAGUGACGGGUCAAUGAUUUCGGUGAAGGGCCCGCCCAAGCUAUCAGCCGCAUCGACACAAUCAGGGCAGGGUACAGCUGUGCCAGCCUGGAGCCCGGUAGCGAUGGUGCAGGAGCUGUAUAUACAGUUGAAGGAGUGGAACAACACAUUCGAUAGAUCCCCUUCCACGGCAUGGAAGAGGCGUGCAGUCAUUCUCGAUGAGGAUAUUCUCUUCUGA